AUGGAUGUGGCCACCUUCGGAGCAACCUGCUCGCCAAGUCUAGCGCAGUUUGUAAAAAACAGAAACGCAACGGAGUUUGCUGAUUCCUUUCCGAGAGCGGCAAGAGCUAUCACCGAGAACCACUACGUGGAUGACUUUCUGGACAGUGUAGACACGGAAGAGGAAGCUGUCCGAUUAAUCACCGAAGUGAAAUACGUCCAUUCGCAAGCAGGUUUUGAAAUUCGUAACUUCGCCUCAAAUUCAGUCCGAGUUUUAGAAAAAAUCGGAGAGCCGGAGGCACGUCAGCAAAUAUCCAUGAAGCUGGACAAAUCGCUUGAUUCGGAACGGGUGCUAGGUUUGAUCUGGAAACCAACAGAGGAUGUCUUCUGCUUUGACCUGAACAGCAUGAAGGAAGAAAUUAAAGCACUAAUCGAAAGUGGAAGUACGCCAACUAAACGCCAAGUCUUGCGAACUAUAAUGUCACUCUUCGACCCAUUAGGACUGAUUGCACACUUCGUCGUACAUGGAAAAAUUCUUAUGCAGCAGAUAUGGAGAAGUGGCACAGACUGGGAUGAUCUCAUCGCGGAAGAAUUGCAUGAUAAGUGGAGACAUUGGUGUCAGAACAUGCAGCAUCUAGAUGAAGUGAGGGUGCCUCGUUGUUUCUUCAAGGGGGUCAACAUUUCUGCUCUCAAACAUGUGGAAGCCCAUCUAUUCGUGGACGCCAGCGAAGUGGCCUGUGCGGCUACAUUAUAUUUUCGACUCAUUGACAAUGGUAGACCCCGAUGCGUCCUAGUAGCUGCAAAAACGAGGGUCGCUCCGUUGAAACCACUAUCCAUCCCGCGUCUAGAGCUACAAGCGGCGAUGAUCGGAACAAGGUUGAUGGGCUCAGUGUUGAGCUCCCUGGAUAUCCAGAUAACUGAACGAUACUUCUGGACAGAUUCAACAACCGUUCUGUACUGGCUACGAUCUGACGCUCGACGAUAUCAUCAAUUUGUUGUGUUCCGUGUAGGAGAGAUUCUCAGUUCAACGAGCGUAGAUGAAUGGAAUUAUGUGCCAUCGAAAAGGAACAUUGCUGAUGCGGCCACGAAGUGGAAAGAUGGACCAAGUUUCGACCCGAAUGGGCCGUGGUACAAUGCACCGGAGUUCUUAUUCAACGCGCGGGAUCGGUGGCCGUCAGAACCCAAGCCGAACAGGGUGGAUGUAGAAGCUGAACUACGUACCGUAUUUCUUUAUCAUGGUAUGAUGCCGCAACCACUGAUGGAUGUUUCUAGAUUCUCAAGUUGGAAUCGUUUACUGAGAGCGACGGCCUACUUGUUACGAGCCGUGUGCAAGUUCAAGGGUGGAAAGGGAUCGCAGUCCAGUAUUCUAGUGCAGAAGGAGUUAUGCGAGGCUGAAAACCUAAUUUGGCAACAGGUACAAGUUGAAACCUAUCCAGACGAGUACGCGAUUCUGCGGCGUAACCUAGGGGAUUCGACAAGCUCACCACCCAUCCCGAAGUCCAGCUCACUGUACCGACUAUCAGUAUUCUUAGAUGAAACAGGCAUUAUUCGGAUGAACAGUAGGAUCUGCGAAGCACCUACCGUGGUGUAUGAUGCAAAGUUCCCAAUUAUAUUACCAAGGAAGCACUUCGCUGUUCAUCUUCUAGCGGAAAACUACCAUCGGAAAUUCCUCCACGGAAAUGGGGAGACAGUUUGCAACGAGAUGCGCCAACGGUUCUUUAUACCUGGGCUACGAGUGCUAAUUCGUCAGGUAUCGAAACAGUGUGUUACCUGUCGCGUUAGAAAUGCUGUUCCAGCACCACCUAUGAUGGCAUCCCUACCGGCCGCUCGCGUCACUGGAAUGAUUCGACCAUUUACGCACACUGGCGUAGACUAUUUCGGGCCAAUACAGGUCAAACAAGGUCGAAACCUGGUGAAAAGAUGGGUGGCGUUAUUCACUUGCCUCACGAUACGCGCUGUACAUUUAGAGGUAGUACAUAGUCUCUCUAACCAGUCGUGCGUAAUGGCCAUCAGACGAUUUGUGGCUCGCCAUGGUUCUCCAGAAACCUUCUACAGUGACAACGGAACUAACUUCGUGGGAGCGAGCAACAUUCUUGAGAAACAGAUGCAGGAGAUCCAGGAGAAUUGUGCGAUUACAUUUACCAACAGUAAGACGAGCUGGUGUUUCAAUCCGCCUUCGGCGCCUCACAUGGGCGGCGCUUGGGAGCGCAUGGUGCGCUCAGUAAAAACCGCUAUGUCUGUCAUCGCAGACCAUCCACAGCAUCCUAGUGACGAAGUUUUGGAAACAGUAGUUGCAGAAGCCGAGUCGAUUGUCAACUCUAGGCCAUUGACAUACAUUCCGCUUGAGUCGAUGGAAGAAGAGUCACUGACGCCAAACCACUUCCUGUUGUUCGGUACAAAGGGCGUUGCACAACCGGAAACAUCAACAAAGGUGGAAGGAAGUGCCUUGCGAGACAGCUGGCGUCUCGCACAAUGCUUGGUAAACCACUUCUGGGCCCGCUGGAUUCGAGAGUACCUACCAACUUUAACCAGGCGUACAAAGUGGUUUGAACCUACUAAACCGUUGAAAGCAGGAGACCUAGUCAUCGUUGUGGAGGAGAGUAAACGGAACGGUUGGUUAAGGGGUAAGAUCGUGGACGUUAUUAAGGCACCAGAUGGACAAUUUCGGCGAGCAGUUGUACAGACGAAGAAUGGAGUAAUCAAUAGACCUGCAGUAAAGUUAGCACUCCUGGAUCUUCAGACACCUGGAGACGGUCCGAAACUUCACGGGCAGGGGAAUGUUACGAAACCACAGGGCAGAUUCGUUCAACAGACAGAUGAGUUCAGUUCAGUACCACCCGGUGCUGUCAAUUCAAUUCAAACAUAA